GCUCAGCAAAUAGCUGACAGCUGAUGUGUGAAUCUGCUCUGAAGUAAAGGAAAACUGCAGGUGGAUUAGCAGCCAUAGUAGGAGAUGUCAGACUGAUUUUUCUAAGGGAAGGACUGCUAAGCUUCCUUAAAGCUGUACACGCCUAUGUUAUGUUUUCAUGUCACUUAAUACUGCUUCUCGGAGCUUUGUGGUGGUUCUUACAGCUGACUGAGCAUCAGGCAGGGCAAGCACAGGAAAGAUUCAGCUGCUUGGUCUGAAGGAGCCUUGGAAGCAGAGAAAGGAGAGUGAAGCUUGUUGUUAUGUCUACUGCUAAAGAAGAUGAUGUCUGUAGCCACAUGAAAGUGGUUGUCCGCGUCCGUCCAGAAACUCAAAAGGAAAAAGAUGGCAACUUUCCUAAAGUUGUUCACGUUGUUGACCAGCAUAUUUUGGUCUUUGAUCCAAAGGAAGAAGAGAUUAGCUUUUUUCAUGGGAGAAAACUGACCCACAGGGAUAUUAAUAAAAGAACAAAGAAAGACCUUAAGUUUGUUUUUGAUGCUGUUUUUGAUGAAACUUCAACCCAGCUGGAAGUUUUUGAGCAUACAACUAAAAGCGUACUUGAUGGCUUCUUAAAUGGAUAUAAUUGCACAGUACUAGCAUAUGGUGCAACAGGAGCUGGAAAGACUUACACAAUGUUGGGUUCCCCUGAAGAUCCUGGAGUGAUGUAUUUAACCAUGAUGGCACUUUAUAAUUGCAUGGAUCAAAUAAAAGAAGAAAAAAUAUGCAACAUUGCUGUAUCUUAUUUAGAGGUGUACAAUGAACAGAUCCGUGAUCUUCUGGUAAAUUCUGGGCCGCUAGCUGUUCGGGAAGAUGCCCAGAAAGGGGUGGUGGUUCAAGGGUUGACAUUGCAUCAGCCCAAAUCAGCAGAGGAAAUCCUUCAAAUGCUGGAUUAUGGAAAUAAAAAUAGAACACAACAUCCCACAGAUGUGAAUGCCUCCUCUUCUCGUUCCCAUGCAGUCUUCCAGAUUUACUUAAGACAACAAGACAAGAUAGCCAGCAUUAGUCAAAAUGUUCGAAUUGCCAAAAUGUCCCUCAUUGACCUCGCAGGAUCUGAACGCGCCAGUGCCACAAAUGCUAAGGGGGCUCGUUUUAGAGAAGGAGCAAAUAUUAACCGCUCCCUGCUAGCUCUUGGAAAUAUCAUUAAUAUCUUGGCAGAUCCAAAGAGCAAGAAACAGCACAUUCCUUAUCGAAACAGCAAACUCACUCGUUUGUUGAAAGAUUCUCUUGGAGGAAAUUGCCGAACAAUAAUGAUAGCUGCUGUUAGUCCAUCUUUCAUGUUUUAUGAUGAUACAUAUAAUACUCUCAAAUAUGCAAACCGGGCAAAGGAUAUUAAGUCUUCUUUGAAGAGUAACGUUGUUAGUUUGGACAGCCACAUAAGCCAGUAUGUUAAAAUCUGCAAUGAACAGAAGAAAGAGAUCAUGAUGUUGAAGGAAAAAUUGAGAAUGUACGAAGAAAAGCAAGCAAGCAUUCCUGAAAGCCAGAAUUCUUCUGUAAUUUCAAACCAUCAGCAAGUGGAAAUACAAAGAUACAAAGAAAUUCUUAAAAAUGUUUUUGCAAACCGUGAGGAAAUCAGAGGAGAAUACCUAAAGCUGGAAAUGCAGCUGAGAGUCAGUAUGCUGAAGACUUAUUACCAGAAACAGUAUCAUGAACAAAUUCAACUGAUGUGCUCUGAAGAAAGAAUAGAGAAGGCCACUUGCAAGCGGGAUCAUAUGCUUGCAAGGCUUAAAACUUACUGUGCACACAUACAGAAGAAGAAAGAGGAGAAGAUUGAACGUUUUGAAGAAAAUACCAAUUGGCUGCAUCGCGUUGAGAAUGAAAUGCGCCUCCUGGAUCAAGAGAGCUGUAUUCCAAAGGAACUGCGUGAAGAUCUUCAGUGUUGCCAUUUAAACCUGGAAGUUAAGGACCUGAAAGCCCAGAUUGAACACAUGUUAUCUCUAUUGUCCCUUCAAGAUCAGCACUAUAAGCAGACAGAAAAAGUUCUAAAUGCUUUGCUUCCAGUUCUUCGCAAGCAAUAUCUGAUUUUGAAAGAAGCUGGGUUAGCAAAUACUGUAACUGAGACUGAAUAUGGAGAGGUAGAACAGCUGAUUCAAAGACAAAAAUCGGUAGUUUGGGCUGACCAGACUGGAGGUGAGGAACAGAAAGAAAACUGUGGGCUGGAUGUGUCAGCUAUCUUUGCAUUCCCACAACUUGUGAACAAGCAAAACACCCCAUGUUCAAGUUCUGGCACACCGUCAUGGGAAAUGAAGAAAAAUACACAGCUAGUGGAGUUUUCAGUGCCACCACAGAAACAAACUAGGCGAAAGCUAAUGGACUGUCCAGUCAAAACUCCAAGUCCUGCUGCAUCCAAGCACUACAGCCUUUGUCAUUUGGAGGAUUCUCUCAGCAAGGAAAUUCGGCCUAUUGUGUAUACACCAGAAUCUUGCAGAAGAACAGAAAGCAGCUGUUCACAGACUGUGUUAAAACAAGCAUUACACCUGGCGGGCCUUCAGGAAACGAAUGAAUGCAAUACAGGUAUUCAGCUGAGAAAACCCACUGUUACAGACUCUACGUGUGAUGUUAUCAUAGAGUGUGAUGAAGAUAGAAUGGACUCAACAGUAAUUCUCAGCAAAGGUGCAAGUGAAACAAAUGCAAUAUCUAUUGACUCAUCUGCAAAGGAGCCACAACCAUGCAGCAAUAGCAUUCUUCAAAGACUUGGUCUCGCUUCCUUAAAAAACAGAAAUCCUGCUUCAGUACUUGAGAAGCCCUCGUAUAUGGCAAUGACUUCAGCUGCUGAGAGAAAACGAAAGGUGCUAAGUUCUACAUCAAAUGUUGGCUCAGGUAAUCUGCAAGACCCAGUUUCUCCAAAGCGUGCCCGACAAGGAAUCUUGUUAAACAACAGAGUAUUGAGAGUACCCAAAAUGUCAGGAAUUAAAACAAAGAGCUUGAAGCAAGAACAGGAUGUGCCAAGAAACCUUGUAAGAAGCUUUUCUGAAGGAAAUGUAGCAGUAGGUGUUAAAUCACAGACAUCCAAAAGCCUUUUGCUUCAUGUUUGCAAGAAAAAAAAUAGGAUUUAGAUUCUGACUUCAUCCAUAUUUCAAAUGGGACUGAUGGAAAGCAAGUGAGAACAGUGACUUUUGUUUUCCUCUGCUAAAUUAUUCUGUUAAAGAUGUCUCUCUCAGUAAUGCAGUGUUUUAUAAGACCCACUUACUGGAAAUAUCUGUAUUUUGUCAAACUUUAAAAUAAAGUACAUUUGUUUUUUGUCUCCUC